AUGACUCUACCGGCUCGCUACCCCUGCCUCUGUCCCACCCGCAGGGAACCUGCGGCGGCCUCCGCACCCCGUGGUGCUGCAGAGGCGUGGGAUCAAGUCCCCAAGAAGAUCAUCAUUGAUGCGUUCCGCCACUGUGGAAUUUCAAUCAAGCUGGACGGGACGGAGAACCACCUGGCUCCAGAGGAGGAGGAGGAGGAGAUGCAGGCGGAGGGCGUGAGGGAGGUGGCAGUGGCAACCGGCCUGGAUGUGUUGUACCAGGAGACCCCCAACUACCGCGGAGCAGCGGCUGAGGCUGACCGCAUGAUCGAGCCUAGGGAGACGGCUGGCGAGUGCCAGACAUGGGUGUUAGGGAGCCUGCUGUUAGUGCAGGUGAGGAGGUCGUGA